UAAAACAAGGAGCCAAUCGACUGGGAUCGAAAGCAAGGCAGAACGCGAUAAAAUGGAACCACUAUCUACUAGAAUAACGGAACAUCAACAGCGACGCAUAUUAUUAACGAAGCACCUACCGAAGAACCUUCAACGCGACGAAAAAAGCAAGCAACCCAAAAUACACGGCAGCUUCCUCCACAAACACAGUUUACUGCUUCUUCCGACUCGGCGCCAGAUGAUCUCGAUUUCGUACGCAUGAAACCAAAAGAUCAGGUUUCCAUUCAUACGUUCUGGGGAGCGGUGGAUCCUUUGUUUCGCCCAUUAUCAGAAGAAGAUCGAUUAUUCCUAUUGGAAAAGGGUGAUAAUGUCAAACCAUAUAUCAUUCCGCCUCUAGGCCGCCACUAUUCGCAAGUGUGGGCAGAUGAAGACAAACGAUAUGGCAUACCGCCAUCGCUGGACGAAAAUUCCUUCAAUGAUUCCAUAUCCCAGUCCAGCAAAAAGCCUUUUACAAAAGGCUCUGCUUCAACCAAGAGGGCAGAUGCAAUGAUGAGGGGCGCUCAUCGCGGCAAUCUUAUCGAUCGGUUGUUGAGCAGUUUAGUGCAGGAAGAUAUUGUUGAUGAAUCAUCACUGCUGCAUGAGUCGAAUACUACACACACUCCUACGGAAGAAGCCAAGGGAAGUGGAUCAGGGGAUUUGCAAGUAUGGCCUUGUGAAUCGUACGAUAUUAUUAAUCUUGAAGAAAGAAUGAGACGCGAGUUACGUUAUGUUGGAUUAUUAAGCGCUGACGAGAUUGAUUUCGACGCUCAAGAAGAUGAUGAAAUUUGUGCUGAACUACGAGCAGCGGGUCGAGAAUUGCAAAAACAAGUGAAAGAGAACGAGUUUCGCAAAGCACGACUGCUUGACAUUGUGGAUCAACAGCUACAGUACGAGCAAUAUCGUCAGAUGCUUGAAAAAUUAAACUCACAAGUGGAGCAAAGUUACAUGAAACGUUUCAGAACCCAUACAUCCAAAAAGAGAAAAACCGCCUCUUCCGCCAAGAUAAAUGCAGCUUACGCUAUGCAAAGGCGAAAUACUUGGAUCAACUCGCUGGAUGAUAUCUUCCGCAAUAAGAAUUUGAUCUUGCCGGAAGAAUCCAUCUACAAGCAACAGGACUAGUUUCACCACGCGACAAAAAUACCCUUUUAAAGCUUCUGUACUUUUUACAUGCGCACAUUUCUCGUCCAACUUCCUAUUCACAUCAUCAAAUCUUUCGAUUCCUAUCCUCUUUUUCCCUUUCACUCAUAUUUCGACAUUUUCAUGUAUAUAUUAUUAUUUCUAGGUUUGAUCCCUUCUUAUCCCUAUACCGAUUACCUUCCAUGCAGUGAAGAAAAGAUAUAAAAAAAAAAAAAGGAAGAGGACAAAUUUCUCGUCGUCAUCAGAUCAA